GAAAAGAAUCUUUUUUUUUUUUUUCGUGCUUAAAGUUGGGAUUCUGAAAGGAUGGAGGACACAUUACUAAAGGUGUUUGUCGUGGUCGUCAGUCUGCUUCUCUCAAAGGAUCCCAAUGUCGUUCACGACCAAGAUGAUGACAUCAUGGUGAGCAUGCAAGACCAUGAGCACUUUCUGUUGGAGGAAGGGGCAAAGCUAGAACAUGGGGAGCACAGUGUUGCCAUGGAGCUGCCACAUUCAAUUCAGGAAGAGUCCCAAAAUCAUCGCAGGGUGCCGAAAGGAGAGGGGGACACAUCAGAUGUUCAACAAAUUAGGCCAAAUGACAAGACCACAGUGCUGCACGAGGAGCAGGGAGAGCAAAAUGACUUCCAUCAAAAGGCAUUUGCACCAGAUAACCAGGAAAUAUUGGAUAUUGACACAGACAAACGUACAUUGCAUAUGUCAAAGGAAGGCCUAACACAUGAGCAUGUCAAUGAGGACCAGUCAGGGCCCACUGUGGACCAGAACGUCUCUCAGGGGGAUGUGGUACACCCGGAAAAGCCACAAGCUUGCUGGACUGACACCCAUCACGAACAUCAAGUUGAUAAGGGAUUAUUCAUUGACCAAAACAUACUAACUUCAGGUCAAAGGUUGACAACGAUAACUCAAGGGAAACAAUCUAGUGACCAAGAGGACACCUACAGUUGGUACCUUUGGAAAACACUGUCCUUGAUUUCAUUUUUUCGUAUUUUAAAAAAUUUCCUCAGAAAGGGUUUCAAGCUGAAAAGUAAGAUGCUGAGAUGCUUGAACAUGUCCCUGGUUUCUGAUCUUGAUUCCAAGACCUUAACUAGCUUCCAUAACCAGUGUGUCCUGGUUCCACCCAGUCACAGUUGGCAAACUUGUGAGUUUGUAGAGGGUUUUGUGAAUGACCUGCUGGAAGCUGUGAGGACUACAGGUUCAGACAUGGAGAUUGAGGACUUUGUUGGUGUUGGGAGCUUAUACGAGCAGUGGGCUUCAAGAAAGAGCAUCGUGUGUGACAUACAUGUACCCGUCGUCCCUCCAAAGCCUUAUAGCUUAGAGUUUGAGCUUUUGAAAGAAAGUAGAGGUUCUUCAACCAUCCAGUACUGUUGCAGAGUCAAGAUGGUCAAAGGUGGCGCCAGUUCAACCAUCUGCCCUUGCAGCAAUUCCAACCUAGAUGAUGAUGAUACGUUGUGUCUUCUACAUCCAGAUAAAAAAGAAGAUCAUGUGACUGAAAAGAACAUUUAUGACCUUCUAUGUCAAGAAAAUAGCUCAUAUCUUGCUAAAACGCAUGUUGUGAAGUGGUUUAAGACAGCCGUUAGGAAAGCAUGGGAUGAGAUCAGCCACAAGUAUGAGUUUGACCUACUAUUCCAGAAUAGAGAAAACCCUGGGAGUCUCAAAGUUCGUUUCAGGUCAGGUUGGGUCAUUCUGUUCAAUCUCACACCUGUGGUCAGAUUUAAAGACUCAGAGGUACAUCUGAUCCCGUAUUCUCCCUCUGGCAUAUUCUCGGACACCCAUUGGCCUGUAUGUUUUAUGCGCUACGAAAACGCCCUUCUUCAACACAUAACCAAAACGCUUCCAGACAAUGCAUGCCAUAUUCAUUGCCUACAGAUCCUUUCCUUCCUACACAAACACCAGACUGGCCUGACUGGACCAUGUGGGCUAACAAACUACCACUUGAAGAAUGCAGUGUUACAUCUUCUGGUAAACAAAACCUUAUCUUGGGACCCUGAGCAGAUGGCUUGCAGACUUGAUGAUCUGCUGACUUUCUUAAAGCAAAAACUCAAAGCUAAAUCACUAAACCAUGCUCUUGUUGGGAAUCCUCUCAUUCCUAGUGAGAUUGGAUUUCCAGAAGAGUUCGGAGUGGGAAAACCUGUUAACUUGUUUCUGCCAUUGUCAAAUGAAGAGUUGUACUUAAAAACAAAUAGACACUUACUGGAGAUGAUUAGAAACAUGCCAGUCCUGAUAUAUGAAUAUGGAUCAAUGAGAAACAUUCUAUAAGAAAAAAAUUAUGAGAUGCUGUGCCGGAAAUGCUUAAAUGUACUUUUGCUCAGUUGUUCAUUAUUUCAUAAUGCAUCUAGUCUUUUGGUGACAAAUGUAAAGACACAAAAGAAUUUGUGAAUUCAGUUUAUCAUAUUAACUUCACAAGGCAUAACUACAUAGUUGGCACAUUUAGAGUCCUUAAGACAUCCGUCAUCAGUAAAAGACAUCCUCCUAGUAAUCAUCAUCUGAUUCCCAGAACAGCUCAAAGUCAUCAUGGCCAGCUGAAGAAAAUUCAGGCAUAGACUCUUCUGGUGAAAGAUGUGAUGAGGUUUCUGGGCCCAAGAUGGCGGCGCCAGUGUUUUCUCGUUUGUCUGCGUAGCUUAUCUGUGUCUGUAUUUGUGUUUUAUAAACUUAACCUGAUUACCUGAUUCGGAAUAAUUUUCAUUCUGGGUCUCAGAUCUGUGCUAACAACUUGGUAAACAUUAAAUAAUAACAUAACCCGAUAACAACAAAACGAACUGGUCUGGCUACAUUGAUAAUAUGAGGCUACCGAUUUACCUGCUGCUCGCUUAUGUGUUGAGCUCACCGACUGUGGAUGCUCCCGGAUCUGGAUCAUUUGCAUCUUCCAGGAUUAUUCUCCCAAAUUCUGCAACUAUGCUGUUUCCUGAUACUGGUGGCUUUACAUCAAUCCACAUGGCUUCAUCGGACUUUUAUGACUUUUCUAUUAAGAUCUUGCACAAGUACGAACUUUUCAGUUGGACAGAAAUAUGGCAGUUCCAGUCCAUCUCCUGCAAGCGUGAUCAUGGAAUCAGCAAUGCACGCCCGACAAGAUCAGCAAGUUUUUGGAUUAUUUUACUCCUGUUCCUAUCAGGUAACAUCCAUCCCAACCCAGGACCAGAAAUGAUUGACCUUUUGAGCCCUAAUGAUUUGAAAGAUAGCAGUGGCUUGCGUUUUAUUCAUGUCAAUGUGCGCAGUCUGUUUAAUAAAAUCGAUGCUAUUUGUCUGUGGGCUAAACUGA